ACAUAGCUGGGCAGGCCUGAGGGCUGUGUGAGGACUGUGUGGCCAGGCUCCAGAGGCACCUCCCAGGGAAAGCCCAAGAUUCUGACAUCAUGUGGAAGCAUCUGGGGGGCUGGUGGCUGGUCAUCUUCUGUGUGCUGUUCUUCAGCCAGCUCCCUGCCAACAAGGCGAGGGGCAUCAAACACAGGAUCAAGUGGGGCCGCAAGGCUUUGCCCAGCACCUCCCAGGUCACUGAGGCCCACGUGUCCGAGGUCAGGCCCGGCGCCUUCAUCAGGCAGGGUCGCAAGCUGGAUAUCGACUUGGGAGCAGAGGGCAACAAGUACUAUGAGGCCAACUACUGGCAGUUUCCCGACGGGAUCCACUACAACAGCUGCUCCAAGGAGGCCAACAUGACCAAGGAGAAGUUUGUCACCGGCUGCAUCAACGCCACCCGGGCAGCCAACCAGGAGGAGCUGACCCGCGAGAAGCAGGACAACAAGCUCUACCAGCGGGUGCUGUGGCGGCUGGUCAGGGAGCUGUGCUCCGUCAAGCACUGCGAUUUCUGGCAGGAAAAGGGAGCAGGACCCCAGGUCACCGCGCACCAGUCUGUGAUGUUCUGCUCGCUGGUGCUCACUUGGUUCUUGGUGAAAUAAGUGCACGAGCCAGCUGGCAGCCAUAGAGAUGGGCUCGGCAAACCUCGGAGCAGGUACCCCCUUCUCUCCCCAGCCCCAACCCACCGGUACUGAAGGUACCAAAGUGAUUCUUCAGCGCUGAAAAUAGCACUGCCAAGUGUGCGCUCAAAUAUUUGUUUGCAUUUGACACAUGUGCUAGUUGGGUGGCCUGUUCCCACCGCUUUCUCUCCCGGCUCAUGGUGGAGUGUCUGACGCAGAAUAUAUGCAAUGAAUGUUUGGUGAACAGAUCAAAGAAAUCUCCAGGGACUGUGCCAAGCCCUUCACAACCCCUCCCGCCACCCCCAAGGUAGGUGCAGUUCCCACUAGAUGGGCAGGAAACAGCCCCCAGCUGAAGUAGCCGGGAAGGCAGAACCCAGCUGCUGGCUCAUUCUGUUUUCCUCUCUCCAACCCCAGAGCCAUCAUGAGAUCCCUUAAGUCUUGCGAGGCCCAAACCCAAACACAUCUUUGUAAUGAAACAGUGGGAAACUCACUCCACUUUUGGAAAUAUGAAGCCCUGAGCUGCUGGUCAUUUAUUUUGAUAACUUGUUCCAUGAAGGUUUCAUUUAAUUCCUCUAAUUAAACUAAAAUAUAGGAAAGGAAUUAAACUAAAGCAGCAAGCAAGACAAAGGCCCCAAAAUUUAUGGUAAAGAAAUAUUGUCAAGCUGAUUCCCAAAGCAGACUAGCCCCACAGCUGGUUGCUAUUCCCAUCUGAGAAACAGCCCAGGUAGUCAAGAAAAUAUUUUUAAAUGACUCGUUUGCUUUCUAAUGUUCCCCUCACAAAAGGUUCUCAGUCCCUGUGUCCAGAAAUCUGAGCAUCUUUGCAUGCACCCUCCAUGCCUGACCAGUGUCCAGGGCUGCAAUUUUGGUGAGGAAAAUUUAUCAUAUCGGGGAAACUUUUAUCACUACAAAAAAUAACUUCACUACAAAAGUUAAAAAGAAACUGUGUCUUUAAGGAGAUCCAACAGGGGAAUUCAUUCAUGCCAUAAGCAAGAGUAGAAACAACAUGUAGUGUCUACUUAUUAUUAAUUAACAUAUCUAUUAUGAAAUGUGAACACAAUUUUAAUGAAAUUCAUGAAUCUAAUGCCCUCAGCUGCCCCUACCAGCCCUCUGGGGUCUCCUUGGAGGCCUUCAAGAGCUGUUGAACCUUCCUUGGAGAUAACAGCUGCUGCCUUUUAUCAGUGGCCCUUUAGAGAGUCUGUAACGGGAACAAUGUCCAGGGUUAGACAAUUUAUGCUCAGUAUUUUAAAACAUGAAUGUUGACAAUGGGACCUCUUGUCCUGAGCACCACAGCUAUCAGAGUUCUUCUCAAGGAUACAUCUGGAAGGUUUCAACAUGAAAAGUGGGUGGAGGCCUUGGGAGCAGGGAGUCCAGGGAGCAGCCUUGGAUGGGAGAGGGGGAGACACAUGCCCGCCUCCAACAGCACACGAGAAACACCAGAUGCCUGAGCUCACCUUCCACUUUCACCUGUUGAAGUCUGGAUCAAAGAAUUACGAGAUGCAAAUUCAGAAGACGUAGAAGUUAUUUCUUGCAUUUCAUUUUUUUUAAUAAUAAAAUAGCAAUAAAGGCAGAUCAAGUACUUCCAGACUGAUGUUUAAAAUCCACAUCCCAGCUCUCCUGAGUUUAAUUUCAAGGUCAUGCACAGCCACGUACGCAAAAUGACUUCAUGUAUGGAAAAGCUUAAGUCAUAAUACAGAAUAUUUUCUCUAAUUGCUGUCUUUUCUCACUUUGUUAAUAAAAUUUAGUUCCAGAAACUAGAUAGAAGCAAGCUAUAAUGUGAAUUUGUACAUAGUCAUACAAAAUGCAAAAUGCUUUUAAUUGGAUCUGUAAGGGCUUAAACAUCCUUGGCAUGCUUACAAAGUAUGAGGUCAGGUGAAGGCUUUGUGAGCUGGUUUUUCAUUUAGUAAAGGGCUGUCGAAUGCUGGAGGUACUACAGGACAUUGAGAGUGUCUUCCAAAUUGUUCUCAGUGUAAUCAUUUUAAAUGUGAAUCAUUUCACCAUCACUCUCUGUCCCUUAUAAGUGUUGACUUUUUUUAAUGUUUAUAUAUUAAAAGCGAUAUUGAAAUCACAACAGAUAUCCAAAAUCAAAACAUUGCCCACACUUGCAGUCUUUGUUUUCAUUUUGCCUGUAACUGCCCAGUCCUUACCUAUUUGCAUAUAUAAAUGUACAUAUUUGCAAUAAUUAUAGAGUGAGCUUUUAUAUUCUAAAUUUUCCUUUAACCUUAUCCUAUGCUUCAUACCUGAGAUGCAGUCUCCCAGCUUUCACUGUGUUCAGAUAGAGCAGGGAGAGUUUUUUGUUGAUGACUGCUUUUUUAAGAUAGUGUAAUUAUGCAGAACACAUUUAUUUCACCAUAAUUUUUCUGUUUCGUUGAACAAUGCAUCAUGAACUCUCUUCUGUUCAACAACUAGUUACUUAGCUAACUCCUCCUUUUAGAUUGCUGCCUAAUAUUCCAUAGUAGGGGUUGAUGUAAGCAUUUAAUUAAUUGAUUGAAUCAUUUUCUUGUUGAUGGACCUUCAGAUUAUUUCCAGUUUUCCAUGGCUGCAAACAAUAAACAUCCUUAUACUUACAACCUUAACAUCUGCUGUUUUUCUGUGGAAUAAAUGUACGUGUCUGGCACAAAGACUGCGUAUCAUUGAAA